CCCAAAUCAAGAAUUUUCUAGGGUUUUAGGCGUCGUCUUCCCAAACACACACACAAAAUAGCAGAAGACCAAGAAGAAGAAGAGGAAGAAGACAAGGUGAAAUGUUGUAUGUAAUAGGAUUAGGGUUGGGGGAUGAGAAAGACAUUACAUUGAGAGGGCUCGAAUCAAUUAAGAAAUGCAGCAAAGUUUACAUGGAGGCUUACACUUCUCUCCUCUCCUUUGGUCUUACCUCCGAUGGCCUUUCCACACUAGAAAAGGUUUAUGGGAAGCCAAUUAUUGUUGCCGAUAGGGAAAUGGUAGAGGAAAAGUCAGAUGAUAUGCUGUUAGAAGCUCAAGUUUCCGACGUGGCGUUCUUGGUCGUCGGAGACCCUUUUGGAGCAACCACACACUCUGAUCUUGUCGUCCGAGCAAAUAAAUUGGGUGUAGUUGUUAAAGUAGUGCACAAUGCAUCGGUGAUGAACGCUAUUGGUGUUUGCGGGCUGCAGCUCUACCGCUACGGAGAGACAGUUUCCAUACCAUUCUUCACCGACACCUGGCGACCUGACAGUUUUUACGAAAAGAUUAGAAGAAAUCGAGCACUUGGUUUGCAUACACUCUGCCUCUUAGAUAUACGAGUGAAAGAACCUACACUAGAGUCCUUGUGCAGAGGAAAAAAAGUGUACGAGCCACCGAGAUUUAUGACAGUAAACACUGCGAUUGAGCAGCUCUUGGAGGUGGCGCAAAAUCAAGAGCAAUCAGUUUACGGUGAAGACUCUACUUGUGUCGGAUUAGCUCGAAUAGGUUGUGAAGAUCAGGUGAUAGUGGCAGGUUCGAUGAAACAACUUCUGACUGUAGAUUUCGGUCCACCUUUACACUGCCUCGUCAUAGUAGGAGAAACUCACCCCGUGGAAGAAGAAAUGCUCGAGUUUUAUAAAAUCGACGGGAGCUCGUAAUAGUUUUGUGAGGAAAUUGUUAUAAUAUUAUUUCUUUUUUUACAUUAUUUUUCCUACCUUACCACACUUUGGAUAAUCGAACCCUGAUUAGGGUUUCUGUUUCUUCCUAUUGAGAAAAUCUGUAAGCUUUGUAGAAUUGUGAUCACCACAACCAAGCAAUCAUUUGCAGUUUUGUACUUCUUGAUUUAUAUUUCAAAACUUCAUCA